GAUUUCCAGCUCUGCUGAAAUGUGUACGUUGGGUCACUACAGAAUGUGUGGAGCCUACCAGUUUGCCAAGAUCUACUACAUUCUUUCGGACAAUGGGAAGCAAAAGGUCCUGUACAAGGGGUAUUAAAGAGAUUUCCAUGAGGACAACUGAAAUGUGGAAGGCCUGUCUGUAGGUUCUUGGCUGUUGCGACUUGGAGCUUGAAGUGUCUCAUCCCUGUGCCUGGUGUAAACGUGGCCCCUGGGAACCAUGAAGGUUGUACCAGAAAAGAACGCUGUGCGGAUCCUCUGGGGACGGGAACGGGGCACCCAAGCUUUGGGUGCUCAGCGGCUUCUACAGGAGCUGGUGGAGGAUAAAACCCGAUGGAUGAAAUGGGAGGGCAAGAAAGUUGAGCUACCAGACAGCCCACGGUCCACCUUCCUGCUUGCCUUCAGCCCAGACAGAACGCUCAUGGCUUCCACCCAUGUGAACCACAAUAUCUAUAUCACAGAGGUGAAAACGGGAAAGUGUGUGCAUUCUCUGGUUGGACAUCGGCGCACGCCCUGGUGUGUGACCUUUCACCCUACCAUCCCUGGACUCAUUGCUUCAGGGUGCCUUGAUGGGGAGGUUAGGAUCUGGGAUUUACAUGGUGGAAGUGAGAGCUGGUUCACAGAUAGCAACAAUGCCAUUGCAUCCCUUGCUUUCCAUCCUACGGCUCAGCUUCUGCUGAUUGCAACAGCCAAUGAAAUUCACUUCUGGGAUUGGAGUCGUCGAGAGCCUUUUGCAGUGGUGAAGACAGCCAGUGAGAUGGAACGGGUCCGGCUGGUGCGGUUUGAUCCUUUGGGACACUAUUUGCUCACUGCAAUUGUUAAUCCUUCCAACCAACAGAGUGAUGAAGAAGUGGAGAUCCCUGUAGACAGCACAGAGAUGCCACAUUACCGUCAGCGUUCUAUUCUCCAGUCUCAGCCCGUUAGGCGCACCCCCCUUCUCCACAACUUCCUGCAUAUGCUGUCCUCGCGCUCUUCUGGCAUACAGACAGAGCCCUAUCAACCUCCGGAGCAGGCAUCUGUGGCACAGGAGGACCAGGGGAUACUUAACAGGCCAUCUGCUUUCAGCACUGUUCAGAGCAACACUGCUGGGAACACUCUCCGCAACCUUAGCCUGGGUCCUACUCGUAGGUCCCUCAGUGGGCCCUUGUCAGGGCACCCGUCCAGGUACCAACAGUCUACAAGAGAGAUGGCUUCUGGCUUAGGAGGGUCUGAUUGGACUAGAACAGUGCUGAACAUGGGUUCCCGCUCAGAGUUGGAAGCCAUGCCUCCACCUAGAACCAGUGCCUCUUCAGUGAGCUUGCUAUCUGUGCUGAGACAGCAGGAGGGAGGUUCUCAGUCUUCUGUGUAUACAUCUGCUACAGAAGGGAGGGGCUUCCUGGCACCAGGAGCUGAAGCAGAUGGCAGUGGCAGUGCUAGCCCAAGCAAUCCAUCCAGCAUCCGCAAUGAGCUUCAGUGUGACUUGAGACGUUUUUUCUUGGAAUAUGACCGGCUUCAAGAGCUAGAUCAAGGGAUUGGUGGGGAACCCAGCCAGUCACAACAGGCUCAGGAAAUGCUGAACAACAACAUUGAGCCUGAUAGGCCAGGUCCUUCUCACCAGCAGACUCCACAUAGCAGUGAAAACAAUUCCAAUUUGUCACGGGGUCACCUGAACCGCUGUCGCGCCUGUCACAACCUGCUGACCUUUAACAAUGACACACUACGCUGGGAACGAAGCACACCUAGCUACACAUCGGGGCAGGUCCAAAACACAUUUGAGGGCGUGCCACCAAGCAGCAGCCAGGUGCAGCCUGCAGAGAGAACCGAGGGCCGAGCUUCUACUUCUAGCAGGUUGCAGCUGGGAAGCUCUUCCAACCCAUCAGAGGAAAGGACCGUGGGAGUGGUGUUUAACCAGGAGACGGGGCACUGGGAAAGAGUUUACAGCCAGUCGGCUUCAAGCAGACCCGGGAAUGUAUCACAGGAGGCCUUAAACCAGGAAAUGCCUGAGGAAAGUUCGGAGGAGGAUUCACUCAGGAGGAGGCUGCUGGAGUCUUCCCUCAUUUCAUUAUCACGCUACGAUGGAGCAGGGUCCCGGGAACACCCUAUCUACCCUGAUCCAGCCAGAUUGUCACCUGCUGCAUAUUACGCCCAGAGAAUGAUCCAGUAUCUUUCCCGAAGGGAUAGCAUUCGCCAACGCUCCAUGCGAUACCAACAAAACCGUCUCCGCUCUUCCUCCUCUUCUGCUUCCAGCUCGGAGACCCAGGGCUCCUCUGUAGAGGGAAAUGAUUUAGAGUUUGAAGAAUUUGAGGACAAUGGAGACAGAUCACGGCACCGAGCUCCCCGGAACGCCCGCAUGUCUGCACCAUCACUGGGGCGCUUCGUCCCUAGAAGGCAUCUUUUAAGUAAGNNNUUGCCUUAUGCUGGGAUUUUCCAUGAACGUGGACAGCCUGGCUUGGCCACCCACUCAUCUGUUAACAGGGUCUUGGCAGGGGCUGUGAUUGGAGACGGACAGUCUGCUGUGGCCAGUAACAUUGCCAACACCACCUACCGGCUCCAGUGGUGGGACUUCACCAAGUUUGACCUGCCUGAAAUCAGCAAUGCCUCUGUAAAUGUGCUUGUUCAGAACUGCAAGAUUUACAAUGAUGCCAGCUGCGAUAUCUCUGCAGAUGGGCAGCUCCUGGCAGCCUUCAUUCCCAGUAGUCAGCGGGGCUUUCCUGAUGAAGGAAUACUGGCUGUGUAUUCUCUGGCACCCCACAACCUGGGCGAGAUGCUUUAUACAAAGCGAUUUGGUCCCAAUGCCAUUUCUGUGAGUCUGUCUCCAAUGGGCAGGUAUGUGAUGGUCGGACUGGCCUCCCGACGCAUCCUGCUGCACCCUUCCACAGAACACAUGGUGGCUCAAGUCUUCAGACUGCAGCAGCCACAUGGUGGAGAAACUUCCAUGAGGAGAGUCUUCAAUGUCCUGUACCCAAUGCCUGCUGACCAGAGAAGACAUGUCAGCAUAAAUUCUGCUCGCUGGCUGCCUGAGCCAGGUCUUGGUUUGGCAUAUGGCACCAACAAGGGGGACCUGGUGAUUUGCCGACCAGAGGCCUUAAACUCUGGAGUUGAGUACUACUGGGACCAGCUGAAUGAGACUGUCUUCACUGUGCCUUCCAGCAAUAGGAGCACUGAGCGGACUGGAACCAGCAGAGCCACAUGGAGAACAGACAGAGACAUGGGCCUAAUGAACGCCAUAGGCUUGCAGCCCCGGAACCCUACCACCUCGGUGACCUCACAGGGGACCCAAACCUUGGCUCCUCAGCUGCAGAAUGCAGAGACUCAGACAGAGCGUGAGGUGCAGGAGCAAGGAGCUACCUCCUCAGGGACUGGAGAAGGAGAAGGUCCUGAAUAUGGGGCCAGUGGGGAAGAUGCCCUUACCAGGAUCCAGCGGCUGAUGGCUGAGGGUGGCAUGACCGCUGUGGUCCAGCGAGAGCAGAGCACCACCAUGGCGUCCAUGGGUGGCUUUGGCAACAACAUCAUUGUGAGCCACCGGAUUCACCGCAGCUCUCAGACAGGGGUGGAGUCCACCGGAGCUGAUGGCACCACAGCACAGCAGUCCACCUCGCACCAGCUGGCAGCUGAGCUGGAGGGCCGAAUCCUUUCCGAAUCCAUGCAACUGUCAGAACAUGGCCUGAGCCCGCGGACAGCCUCUGGUGGGAGCGAAGGUCAAGGAAGCGAUGGGCAGGACCUGCCAGAGCAGGCCCAGUCCUUGAUGGACACGGAGGGACCAGUUGAAUACAGUGACCUAACUAAUAAUAACCAUCUUCCUGACAGUACCAACUUCUCUAGUACCGACAGCACCAGUGGGGGGUCGCGAAACAGGUAGAGAAGAAUUGUAUGUUGGUGCUACCCUUGUACUGCUCAGCAGAGACCUGUACCUCACAGCUGGCCAGGAGUUGGAAGAAUAGUGGGGGUGGGGGACUGAGGCUCUGACAAGAUUUUGGUUGUUUAGAGGACAUCUGUACUGGGGAAGGGGGGAGGGGGAGGAAUGGGGAAUGGAAGGGCAGUCGUCAAAUCUUUAGGGGCAGUAAGGGGGAAGAAGCUUUAUUCUCUUAGCUCCCAGUGCCCAUGUUUUGCUGCACAGUUUCUACAAGAACAUUGACCAGCCCUACCAGUGUUUGGUUGAGCCUUGUGUCCUUCGGCAAGCCACUGUAAUCUCCUUAGCUUGGCCCUAACCCUGCAGUGCUGUGAAUGUUUCCCUCUCUAAAACAGUUAGUUUCUCCUUCCUUCCUCCCACCCACCAGGAUCGAUCAGGCAAGGGCCUGCAGCAUCCCCCCAGGGACAAACCACAUGAUUGGAUGUCCAGUAUUGAUUGCCCCAGUGGUGUUGGAGUGGAGGAGUCUUCCAGGCCUGAGUCCCACUCCAUGGCAUUGAACUGGUGCCCCUCCAGGAUAUGGAGCAUUUUAGUAGCUUGAAAAAACACUAUUCCUAGCCAGUUGGCAGUUUUCAGUGGGCUUGAGCUGGAACAGAAGCCAGGCUUGGACUUUAGUAGUCACUGUGCUCUGGAACCUUUCAAAAGUGAAGACCUGAGUGUCAGCUUAAGUUUGUGAUUGGGAACCUGACUGGAGCUGCCACAGGUGAGGAAAGGGAAUCAGGGCUAGGUGUGCAGGGAUGGCUCCCUAGUAAAGAUAAAGUUUACUCAAGGGUAAUCUAGUAGUUCAUGCACCCAGCUGUGCCAAUAUUAAUGAGCCAUCCUGGCAGUAUUGCAGUGCCAGGACUGGGUUGCACUUCCUCAGUAGGUGGCAGGGAGGGUUUCUCAGCUCUAGGUCAGGGUGUGAGGUAUGGGUCUGUGAUGUACGGUGUUGCAUGUGAAAUCUUGACCUUGUACAUGUAGUUUCUAGUGGAGAAAUCAAGGCUCUGAUACUUUUGUUUUUAGUCUAAAAUGUGAUUUUCCUUUUCGUUUGUAACUCUCCCUCCUCACAGACUUUGUGGCAGGAGGGUGGGGGGGAGAGUGUGAGUGCUAACGAGGGAAACACCAAAGAUCAAUGUCAUUAAAACAUGACAAACCCUU